AUGGGGGUGUGGAGAGAGAGGGAGGAUGGAGGGAUGAGGGAGGGAGGGAGGGAGGGAGGGAGGCGGGCGCCCCCUCCUCCUCCUCCUCCUCCAUCCCUCCUCCUCCAUCCCUCCAUCCCUCCUCCAUGCCUCCGGAGGGUGCGCGCGGCGGCCAUGGCGAAGAUGCGCGUGUCCUACGAGUACUCGGAGGCCGAGGACAAGAGCAUCCGGCUGGGCUUGUUCCUGAUCGCCUGCGGGAUCCUCAGCCUCUUCAUCCUGGGCUUCUGCUGGCUCAGCCCCACGCUGCAGAGCCUCCAGAGCAAACCGGCCAACUGCACGGAGAUGUUCGAGUGUGUGUUCACCUGUGGGGCGGACUGUAAGGGCACCUCUCUCUACCCCUGCCUGCAGAUCUUUGUCAACAACUCCGAGUCCAACUCCGUGGCCCUGCUGCACUUUAAUGAGCAGCAGCUGGUCCUCAACCCAAAGUGCUCGUACGUCCCCCCCUGUGAGAGGGACAACCAGAGGAACAGAGACAACGUCCUGUGGUGGGAGGAUUUCUUCACCAAAGAGGUCAGCAAUGGCUCCUUCACCUGCUACUUCAACCAGCAGAGGAGAUCGAUGCUACAGCAGGAGAUUGCAGACGUCCGGCUCUGCCGAGGCGUUUUGAGACAGGCUCCGCUCUCUGACCCCAUAAAAAAAGACUCCUGA